GGUAACCACCCACACUUAUAUCUAAUACAACUGACUGGCACAGGUGUGUUACUUUGUCACUGAACAAGGAUGCGUGAAGAUCAGAGUGAAAACCAGCACUGGGCCAAGCAGGCCUGGGACGCUGCUCGGGAAACACCUAUUAUUGCAGAUGAACAAAAACCUCGCAAGCUUGUGAGCUUCAUCCAAAUCAUCACAUGUACUCUUGUGGGAAUCUUGGUGUUUGGGCUAGCCUUCUUCAGCAAAGCAUCUCUGUUGCUAUUAAUAAACCUUUGCAGUGGAACAUCAAAAACCAUAGACACCAAACCCUAUGCUCUCCUCUUCAUUGGGUGCCUUCUAAUUGCUCCAAGUGUUUUACUGCUGAUCAAAAGCAUUUGGAAAAUUACUUUUAAAGAUUCAAAAACCCCAUCGACGCAAACUUUGCUAUGGAUUAUUUCAGUGGAAACUUUGGUGGCUCUUGGAUCUUCCAUCCUUAUCCUGGUCACUAUGCCCAAAUUUGACAUCCUGACCAACGUGAUGCUUCUGAAUGGCAUUGCCACAUUAUCAGCCAUUCUGCAGGUGGUCGCAAAUGCAGUCGCGCACGGAAGGAGACGAUUUAUUGCGACGUCGUUAGCUGCUGUCGUUUUCUUAAUUGCAGGUUUUUGUCUCUUUGCUGUUAACUAUCUCAGAGAGAAAAAUGGAAAGCAGAACAUGGUGCUAUUCGUGGGUUUAGCCAUAGGAGGCACUUUCUUGGUCUCUUUGAACUGGUGGGAGAACUACGCCAUGCUUUUCCGCAUCGUCUUCUUCCAGAACACAAUCCGGGACAUACAAAGGUCCCACAACUUCGCGAACAUUGUGACUAGCUUGGUGCGAAUUAUUGUGACCUUCACUGUCCUUGGAGCUUAUGUGAAGCUUUCAGGCCAGGAGUGGUCAUCGGUGUUAUCAGUCACCAGCUUUACCAGAACCCUCGUCUUGAGUCUGUUUGCCAUUCAGGUUCUAUCUUCAGCUCUGUGUCGCUACGUGGCCGUGGCUGCGUGCAAAAUGCAUGCUGUGCGCCGCAGCUUCCUCAUUCCCAUGAUCUUCACAUCUCCAGCCACGCUGGGCGCCUUUGUGCUGGCUGUUUGGAUUCCCUUUUUGAAGAUCUAUGAAAAGAACAAUAUCACAUUUGCUGACUACUGUAGCACCUUUGCGAUUGUGGAAAGCCCAGGGCUUGGCGUCGUGAGACUGAUGCUGAGUGAUUUAACUCGUGACCUGUGUCAACACAUGCCAGACAAGGAGUCUUCGAUGGGUUUUGGUCUUCUUGGAUCAUCUUUGGUGAGCUGGUGGAUUGGCCUGGUGCUCUCCACACUCUACAUCUGGUUUCUGAACACGGAACGUAUUGCCAGGACAAAGGACUUGUUUGUGCGCAACCUUUAUGAAGCAGCGUUCAUUGACCAGUCCAUGCUCUUGAACUCCAAGUUCGAGAUUGUGCUCCAGCCAAGACAUAACAGGGAAAAGGAGAAGGUGACCAUCUACCUCUGUGCAACCAUGUGGCAUGAGACUACAGAUGAAAUGAUGAAGAUGAUCAUAUCGAUGUUCAGGCUGGAUAAGUUCCGACCAAAGAAAAACCAAUUUAACGAUGUUGUUUUUGAGUCUCACAUUUAUUUCGAUGAUGCUUUCCUGACCAAAGACAACAAGCGGUGUGUCAAUGAGUAUGCUGAGACCCUGGUGGAAGUCAUCAGAGAAGUUUACAUCAUAUUCACAGAGAAUAGCAAAAGUGAAUUUAGGGAGAGAAAGCCUCUUCCUGACCAGAAAAUCUUCCAGACGCCGUAUGGCUGCCGUCUGCAGUACACACUUCCACAUGGCAACACACUAUUUGUUCACUUUAAGGACAAACACCAGAUCCGCCACAAAAAGAGAUGGUCUCAGAUUAUGUACAUGUACUACCUACUCGGCUGGAGGCUGCACAAGAACUACUAUCAGAUGUACAAGCAAAGGGAUGUGCAUUUGACAAAUAUUGAAGACCAACUAAAGAAAGCCAAAGAGAAUACAUACCUUCUGGCUCUAGAUGGAGACACAGAUUUCCAGCCUUCAGCUGUCAUGCUUUUAGUGGAUCGGCUCAGGUUGUACCCCGAAGUGGGAGCUGCUUGUGGCAGGAUCCAUCCUACUGGCACAGGCCCAAUGGUAUGGUAUCAGAAAUUUGAGUAUGCUGUGGGUCACUGGCUCCAGAAGACAGCUGAGCAUGUGUUCGGAUCUGUGUUGUGCAGCCCGGGCUGUUUCAGCCUGAUGCGUGCAGAGGCACUCAUGAGUGACAACGUCAUGAAGAGAUAUACAAGAAAAGCAACUGAGGCUUCCCACUAUCUACAAUAUGACCAGGGUGAGGACCGCUGGCUGUGCACACUGCUCCUGCAGCAGGGAUGGCGAGUGGAGUACAGUGCUGCCUCUGACUCAUACACCAAUGCUCCACAGGAGUUCAAGGAGUUUUACAACCAACGGCGGCGCUGGGGCCCUUCCACAAUGGCCAACACUCUGGACCUUCUUUCCAGUGGCAGUGUCACUGCACGAAUGAACAAGUCCAUAUCACGACCUUACAUUCUCUACCAGACUAUCACCAUGGCUGCCUCAAUCUUGGGCCCAGCUACGGUCUGCCUCAUGAUUGCAGGAAGCCUUAAAUUCGUCUUCAGUUUAGAUGCCAAUGUUGCACUUUUGAUAGCAGUUGUUCCUCCUGCAGUCUACAUAAUUCUCUGCUAUUAUCUUGGGCAAGCAAAAUCAGACUUACAAAUCAGCAUUGCUGGCAUUAUGAGCAUAAUCUAUGCUUUUCUGAUGACAGCAACCAUCUUAUCUAUUAUAGGGGACAUGGUAAAGCAGAACACUUUUGUGACCCCAAGCGGCUUGUUCUUCGUUGGCAUAGUCAUCAUGUACGUUGUCACGGCUCUUCUUCAUCCUCAUGAGUUCCAUCUUGUCAUCUUUGGCUUCCUUUACUUCAUCUGCAUCCCCAGUGGCUACCUGCUGCUGGCAAUUUACUCCAUGGUCAACAUGAACAAUGUGUCCUGGGGCACACGCGAAUCUGCCAACCAGACCACUGGAUCUGAAGGAAACAUCCGGAAAAAUGUCAAGUGCCAGAAGCUGUUCAAAAUAUGUGGCUACAAUCUGGAGGUUCAACUGAACAAAGAAGAAAAAGUGAUGGAGAAUGCACCUCAACCCACAUCUUUGAAUGCUGAAACCAAAGUGAAUGAUGAAACCCCACCUAAAGAAAGACAGUUACCUUUAAUUGAGCACUCUUUUGUUCAACAGUUGGUAGAAAGCUCUGGUGAACUUGCCCUUAUUGAGAAGAGCCUUAACCCGGAAGAAGAAUCGUUUUGGAAGGACCUUAUUGAGCAAUACCUAAAACCAUUAGAGACUGAUAAAAAAAAGGAGGACAGAAUCAAAGAAGAUCUGAAAGAGCUACGCAACAAGGCAACUUUUGUGUUUUUUAUCUGCAACGUCCUGUGGAUUGUGGCUACUUUCUUUAUGCAAUCCAUGGGCAAUACAGUCAACAUCCCCAUCCCAAUGACUUAUGCCAAUGGAACAGUUGACCCUGACAAGAAGCUUUAUAUCGAUCCUAUUGGACUGAUGUUCCUCAUCAGUUUUGCAGGCCUCCUUAUUAUCCAGUUUUUUGCUAUGCUGUGGCACAGAGUCCAGACUUUAAUCCACUUUAUUGCUUACACUGGGACUGAGGCCGUUGUUAACAGGAGGACGAGAAGAUCUUUGGCACUGGUCACUGAAUUCCCUGAAGAAAAUAAUUUUCUUUAGGAGAAAAACGAUUAAAACGAAAAAAUUGAUUAAAAGCCUACAAGUGGAUGAUCUAACAGAUGAGCUGUUAUGGGAAACUUCGCAACAACACACAAACCUGGCAAACCUUGCUUAUUGGGAUUGAAAGUUGUUACCACUGUGCUGUUAGGCCUUUUUGUUUAAUGUUGUUUACAAUUCUUUGUUACUUUUCCUUGCACUGUAUUAUUAUUAUUAUUAUUAUUAUUAUUAUUAUUAUUAUUAUUAUAAACACCGUCAAUGACAUACUGUAUGUUCUAGUGUGAUAGAUUGUUAUCAGGAAGCUGUUUGUCAAUGCUGUAAAUAUGUAAGUUAUUAAGUAUUUAAAACAGUCAUUUAAAAUGUCAUUAAAAACAGACAGAGACAAAGGAAAAUUCAGUAAUAAUAGUUCAUGGCUAUAAAUGUAAAAAUGUCCUAUAAAAAUGAAGUCCUGUGGAAAAAGUGGUUAAAAUGGUUAAAAAGGAUUAAAAUGUAAAAGUCCUGCAUGAGAGAUUAAAAUUUUUUAAAAACAGUUAAUAUGACCAAAAAAAAAAAAAAAAAAACGUUUAAAAAGGUGUAAUGAUACCUACCUGUAAGGAGUUAAUCCAUGGUCGACUUUGUUGAUCUUUUGAGAAGUGAAAUCUGUGAUUGAUUAGUCAUGCCUGCAAAGUCCGGAAGGGGGCGCUCUCGCUGCGAUGCUUCGUUCUCGCUGAAGCUGCUUGAGAGGAAGCAUCGUGUUCGAGUUCCCUUAUUUACAUCUCCCCUUUUCAGGUAUAAAAUUGAAUAUAUCUAAAAUGCAUUUAUUCUUUUGAAUCUUGGUAUAUGACUGCUAAAACGUUUUGUUAGUAUUCCGUUAGCAUACUGACUGAAGUUGAGUGUUUUAAAAGCAUUAUUUAGUUCUUUUGACGGUUAAUUGAUACUGAUGAGCAUCUAGCUAAACUCUGUUUUUGCAGUGGCUUGUCCAGAAUGACACGUGGUUAACACAGCUACAGCACAUAUUGUGUGCAGUUUGACUAUGUUUGGCUCAGCAAGACACACAUUUAGAGCAUUAAGUUUGCUAGUGUUUGUGUGGGUGACUUUUAUUAUGUUUAUGUGUGUUUUAAAGAUAAAGUGUGCUCAUUGUGUGUAAAUGUGAUAAGGAACACAGAAAAUAGCACAUAGAAGAGACACAUUGCUGGAAAUGUUUUAUAGGAUAGAUUUUAUUUGCAGUGCAUUAGAGUUUGAUAAUUUAAGCUUAUGUUUAAUGAUUUAUAGACUAUUUUCAUGAAUACCUACCUCAUACUUGAUUCUUCCUGUUAAAGAAAAAAAGAGAAAUGUUAUUAUACCUACUUGUUUACUUACCUGUGAAGGAAAUCCGGGAGAAGAAGAAAUUAGAUUAGAAAAUUGAGUUUAUAAUAUAAAGAAAAUGCAUAUUGGUGUUGUAAUAUUUUACAUUUAAAGAAAUUCUGUAACUUUGUAACUAAUCCUGAAAAUAAAUCGUUCACGCUGAAGCUGCCUGACAGGAA